UCUUUCUUCACUGUUCGCCAUUCUUUCCCUCCAUCCAUAUCCUUUUCACAUGCACCCUUUUCCCUUGGUGUAGGAGGCUUCUUCUACCAAUCCACAAACCCAAAUCGCACAUCCAUCAACCCACCCUCUCCUGGCUCGGUGAACCCACCAGCACCCCUGAACCUAGCACCCAGCCGCGCANCGCAACAAACUCGCAGAACGCCUCGCCGCACGCGCAAAAAAGAAGCCGAAGAAACCUCCUCACUCGAAGGCACAGAUCCCGACACGGCAGACGCAGCAGCCGUGCAACAAGCCUUUGAAAUGCCCAUGCAGCCUUUAUCCGACCUUCCCGACCUCGACUUGUCUGCAGUGACGACUCGCCAAAUCAACGAAUUGAUCGGCAACACUGGCGGUGCAUCCGACAGAGUUGUUUCCGCUUACUCGUCUUCCUCGUCGUCGUCAUCUUCUUCAGACCUGGACUCUGCGUCUGAUGACGAAGACCUCGGCUCUNCAAACACAAGAACCGGGAGGAGGCAAUUCAGAAGGCGGAGGACUCAAACGCCGUCCCAGUACUACGGAAGCGAAGAAAAGGNNGUUCCUCUUGACGAUGGCGAGGAAGACGAGAGACCUGCGAUGCAGAGGACGGUUUCCGAUCCUUUUAUGAGUCCGGCGGAGAGUAGUACUGACAGCAGUGAUGAGGAUAGUGAAGAGGAAUUGACGUUUGGUAGA